AUGACACCUGGGAGAGUUUCUUACUUCCAAGUAGCUCCGUCGCUGACUCUGCCUCCACCCAGACAGAGAGCCAAAAAUAUUUAUGACUUCUUGCCCCAGCAGCAGGCAGAGUUGGGGAGACAUCAGUCGAAUGGCUUCAGUACUGAGAGCCUCCUCUCCAGAGAUUCUGACAGCCCUGAGCACGAGGCCUCCCAGGCACGCAGCUCCUUCAGAUACACAGAGCUUCUGUUCAUGCCGUGGGCGUACACAGUAGGCAUCUAUGACAAUGGCAACAGUGCCCAGAUGUGCAGGGACCUUGCCCUAGCACCUUACAACAGUGUCAGAACCUCCAGAAAUGACUCCAGCAUCUCCAGGGAGUCAAAUGAUUAUGUCAAUAUCCCUACAGCAGAAGGAGACCAGUGAGGCUCUAAACUGCUCCCCAAAGCACUCCUGAGAGUCCACCUUGGUCUUCCCAGUGCCCAGAAGCUGGAGUUUGCUGAAGCAGGGCAUGCUGGCUGUGCGGCUGCCACUGACCAUACUGUUCUGUGGGCUCCAGGAAGUAAGUGCAGUGAUUCCCUCAGUGAUGGAGAAGCUUCAUCUCAGACUUCAAAUGACUACGUCAAUAUGACAGCUUUGGAUCUAGAGGACAUUCAAGAGUAUCAGCCCAGCAUGGUUCUUCAGUGCUGCAGAGAUUAUGAAAAUGUCCCAUCAGCAGAUCCCAACGGAAGCCAGCUGCAGACUCAGGAAGAAAUGACAUCUUCAAAUACAGGACCAUGGGGAACCCUGUCUGGAGAGCUGUCCUCUGUGUAUUAUAUGGCAUUCCAGCCAUCUACACAGAGCGAGGACAGUGAGGUGGCACAGGCAGAAGAGCAGUCAAGUGAAGACUCUAACGACUACGAGAAUGUGCUACCUGCCGACUUAGAAGGCAAGGACUGUGAACAGGGGCCUGGUGCUUGGCGUCCUUCCUGACGAAGGGAAUACCAAGCUGCUACCUAGCUGGGAAGCCUGGAGGAGUGGCCUACCCUGCUGGGUCUUAGCCACUGAACUCUCUAGUUAAGAAGCCUAGGUGCCUGGCAUCCUGUUGGAUUCACUUGGC